AAAUAAGAAGAAAACGGUUUAUUCAAUGUCUAUUCAACUUGUUGACAUGGCUAGUUAUUUGACGCUUGUGGGUGACUGUGCUGUUGGCAUCGUCGAAAAUGCGCGAUGUUGUACACAGAAGCAACGAGCAUAGUUCAAGUCCCAAGAUAUUGGACAGCAGUUCUCCUUCGACUGUUCACACUGAGCGGGGUGAACAAAUUCGUUUAAAAUGUUUAUACCAUGCCGACACGAAUGUAAAGAUUAACUGGAUGAAAAAUGGAUUGGAAGUUCAUCACAAUUGUGAUACUUGCAUCUUUAAAGUGGAGACGUUACAUGAGAGUAACGUCAGUUUCUUGCAAUUUAGACCUUACGUUAAGGAUGACUUUGGAGUCUAUGAAUGCCGCGUCCGAAACACUUAUGGAACAGCUAAAUAUAAAAUAUCUGUAAAACGAAUCGAUACGAACGAGACAAAAUGCCAAAAAGAAAGAACAUUAUCAGAAGACCCAAGAAAAAAACACCAAUUUCGUCCGGUUUGUAAUGAAGAUGGGUCGUAUCACAAAGUACAAUGUUCUCUUCAUCACGAUAUGUGUUGGUGUGUCAACGAGUUUGGCAAAAAAACUCUCGAUGUAUUUGAUGGUGUUAACGGUUUAACGUGUUUUUCUCCCAAAGAUUUAUCGUUCGUGGCAGUCUUUGUCUUGAUUCAAGGGAUUUUAGUGAUGUUGUUGUUAAUCGAUCAGAUCGUGGAAUUUUAUACCCACCGAAGUGUAAACGGAGCUUUAAGAAAAUAUUUCCAUGAGCGUUUUGACAGUUUCAAGAAAGAAUAUAGCAGAAUUAUGAAGGAAGUGGAAGACAGUAAGAGACGAACUAAAAGACCUCUUCCUACUCAACCUACAGAGAGUAACAUGAAAAGAAAGAAGAGGAAAAUAAAAAUUAAACGUUGACAAAAUUUUCUGUAAAACGUGCCUUUGUUUAUUUGGUUAUUUCAAAUAUUUUAUGAUCUUGGGAAAGACCAUCGGUCUUAAAUAUCACAACCAACUUAGUAUUACUCAUUCAUAUUUAAAAAAAACUAAAAUUUUGUUAUUUUUAGUGAAUGAAAUAAGUUCUAUGACAUUAA